AUGAAAGCAAGCUGCCGGGCUUCUCCUGCUGCAGCAGUUGCUGCUGAGUCUGCUGCUACUGAGGCAUCACCAGCAGGAGCAGCAGCAGUGCACAGCCCUGCCCAUCCUCCAGGUAUUCAGUCUGCAGCGCUUCCUCCUCCCCGUCGAAGCAGUGGCAACAACAGCAACAGCAACACAAGCAGCAACAGCAGCAACGGCACCAACAUCAACAGCAGCCCCUCCAUUAGGGCAGCCAGCGCUGCUCCGGCCAGCAAGUCCCCGCCGUUUAGGGCGGGGCAAUCAAGGACAGCAACAGGAGCAGCAGCAGUGACAGGCGGACAAACGCUGCAGCAGCGCUGCAGUAGCAGACUUCAUGGGCUAUCCCCUCUUCCAGUCGCUUUCAACUCCACAACCCGCAGCAGCAGCAGCAGCAGUUGCUGCACUGGCGAUCUUCAAGGAGCACAGCAGCAAUCGGACCUUCAUGCGAUAGACGUUGACGCUGCCACUGAUACUCCCGCAGCAGCAACAGCAGCAGCAACGGCAGCAAAGAGUUCUUCAGGGAGCCUUGCGGGAUAUGCGCAGGAGGAGGAGAUGAUGACGGACAACACUGUCAGCCUGCAAAGCGACUCUGCAGCGCCAGCAGAUGCAGCAGCAGAUGCAACAGCAGAUGCAGCAACAGAUGCAGCAGCAGAUGCAACUGAAGGCGACCUUGAAACAGAAGAGGCAGGCGAGGAGACAGGAGACAGCGAUGCAGAGGCAGCAAACACUGCAGCAGCAGAGCAGCAGCAGCGCAGACAGUCGAGCAGGCAGCGUCGAGUUACUUCCGCGCCUAGCGGUAGCGUCCGCAGCAGCAGGGUCUCUUCUGCCCGCAGCGCACCAGCAGCAACAGCAGCAGCAGGUGCUGCUGCUGCAGCCACUGCAGCACCGAAGGGCGAGGGAGGUACAGUGGAAGCUGAGAAGCACCCCGAGUGGUACGAGGGGCCUGUUGGGCCCUGCGAGGCGACCCAUCGUUGCUUGUGUUGGUGGCGAUUUCGACCAACAGGGAAACAUCAGCCUGGGUUGGUCAUUGAAGACCUCGAGUCCGAGGUGGAGGCGAAGCGGAUGACGCCUGCUGUGCGCGAUACUCUGCUGGAUGGAAUAGCGGGGAGGGGACACCCUGGCAGAUCGAGUGCCUUAAAGAAUUGCGGCGGCAAGACUGGGAUAGUGGUGGUGAUGAGCUUAGAGGAUUUAAAGUAUUCUCUAUGCAAUUGGGCUAGCACAAAGCCCAUGCCAUUCCCCGCCGGGAGUCAGCAGGCACGCCUCGAGAAGAUAGCGGGAUAUUCCUUAAAAGCCCUUAAUGCAUUGGCGAGAGCAAAAAAAAUUCUUCAGCUCAGGCAAAAGUACAAAGGGUGGGACUGGGAUGCGUAUCAGAGGGAGCAAGAGGAAGCUGCUCAGCGGAAGCGUUCUCGGGAAGAAGCAGCAGCUGCAGCAGCUGCUGCAGCAGCUGCAGCAACGGGCAGUCGCAAGCGUCGCGCAGCAGCAGGGGUGGCCCUGCUUGCUGCGGCAGCACGGAGGGAUGACGAGGAGGAUUGUGGUGGUUUGGAGUUGGCUCCUCAAACCCCCACCAAACCCUCAGCAGGAAAACACGGUGUAGAUUACUUCUAUAGGGGAGGCCGUAGGGUUGUCUUAGCGCGCACUCCUCCUCUUGUAAAGCAGAGGAGAGGGGAGCUGCUGUCUGCUACAUUGGGUCUUAGCCCGCUUGACGAUCCUCUCAUGGCUGCUGCAGUCGGGCUGCUUCCGGAACAGCAGCAGCAGCAGCAGCUGUGGCCGGCUGUCGCGCCGGGAGCACAGCAGCAGCAGGAUCAGGAGGCACUGUUGCAGCAGCGACGGGAGCAGCAGCGGCUAAGCGGGCUGUUGAAUGGCUUCUCUGGCCAAUGGCUCUCUAUGAUGAGGUCUCUAGUUGUUACCCGAGGGCAGCUGCUGCGGCUGUUGCUGCCUGUCCCUUUGGAUUUGCUGCACAAUCCAACAAAUCUCUUCGCGCCGCUCCCGCCACUGUUGUCUCCUGUGCUCCUCAUGGAGGUGGCAGUCCGGCACCAGAACCCUGCUGCUGCUGCACACCUGCUGACAACAAAUCUGCUGCUGCACCGCCUUGCAGACACCGUGGCUAUCCGCGCCUUAGACCCAGCACAGAAGCGCCUAGCCUUAGAAGAAGAACCUCAAAAGGAGACAGCGCGACCCUUCAAAGGAGACAGCAGACAAUCUCAACAACGCACCCCACAUGGAAAGUCUACUCCACGUAACCAAAACACCGGGGGGAGCAGCUGCUCCGUGAGGUUUGAGAUGGGGUAUUCUGUUUGUCUUUGUCUGGGUCUCCUCUAUGGCCGCAUGAAUCUAAACCAGCUGCCUCUUUAUACUGCUGCUGCUACUAAAUCGCAGCAGAAGCAGCAGAAACGAAAACGACAGCGCUUCUGCUGCGCUCCGUGGAUAGGGCUGAUGACGGGGGAACAAGUGGCUGCGCGCAGGAGGCAGGCCAAAAUGCAGCAGCAACAGCAGCAGAAACAGGAGCCGCAUGAUUCGUCUGGUUCUGCUGUCUCCAAAAACGGACCUGCUGCUUCUGCUGCAUCAACCAACGACAGCAACCCACCGCUGCAGUGCGGCGGCCAGGGAGGCAGUUGUUCUGUUGGUUCUGCUUCUGCUGUGGGUCCCGCCGCUGCCGCUACUGCUGUCCAGGGCCCGUUGGGUAGCGAGUCGCUGCCCACUGGUGUAUCCUGCAGCAACGACGGCUGCAGCAGCAGCAACAGUGAUUCUACUGCAGCAGCAGCAGCUCCGGCUGCUUCCGGUGAAUCGAAUACUGGAACGGGUGCCGUGUGCCCCAACGGCACCUCCGUAGCCCCACCUGCAGCAGCAGCAGCAGCAGCAGGAACAGAAGGAGAGGGUGAUAUUGACUGGGAACCUCCUUGGCCAUCGGCUGCGGGUAUAGAGCCAUCCGUGCCUUUGAAUUUGUGUCUCCUAACGAUUCAUUGCAGCUGCGAUGAUGAGGAUUUCCUUCUUCGCGUAUCCCUCGACAAGGUGAGCGACCAACCACCUUCCUUGUCGGAGUUGGAGCGAUGUUACACAACGCACGGGGAACGUUUUUCUUUGUCUGCAUUAGAUCGCCGUCUUUCUAAUUUAGGGGAAAUAGAGACACAAAGUCGUGUGCUGCUGUCUCUGGUGGAGACAGCACACAGCUGUGUUGCCGCCCGUGUGGCAGCAGAAAAGGAAAUAAUUAAAAAAGGAGGAAAACAUCUAAUACUCGCAAGAGUCCCCACCCGCAAUAUACCCGACACGACCCAUGGCUGCGGUGCCAACUGCACCAGCAGCUGCUGCAGCAGCUGCUGCAGCAACAAAAGCUGCAGCAAUAGCAACUGCAGCAACAGCAGAACCAACAAUGCCGCCAACAGCACCGCACCACCAGGGGCGACCACUUCGAAGAAACGUCUUCCUGCAGGAGACGAACUCUUGCAGCUGCCGCAGCAGCAGCACCAGAGCCUUUCUGAGGACCGCGCCUUCCCUGAGGAACCUGUUGCUGUCAACAACAACGGCAGCAGCAACAGCAACAGCAGCAGCAGCAACACGGAGGAGGUUGUGGUAGAUCGGAGCGAACUGCGAUUUGAUUGGCAGUUGCGGGGAGUUGCUGCUCGCUUGGAGGCAGAGAAGGUGCAUGGGAGAGACAGUGCAGCAGAGGCGCAAGGCACACAGGGGGGAAGUGUUGCUGGUGAUGCUGCUGCUGCUGUCUCCUUGUCACAGAGCUACUCUGCCCUCUUUGUGCUACUCGAGUCCAUCAGCAGCCAUAUCCUGCGGGCUAAGUCGGCGCAUCUUAGCUGCCAUCUCCGCUGUCUAGAAAGAGACGCCCUAAACACCAAGAAUCAGCUGCUGCAGCUGCAGCAAAAGCGACAGCAACAGCAAGAACAGCAACACGACAAACAGAAGCCGACACAGGGAGCAGGGGAUAGAGAAGAAGAUCAGGCACGAGCAACGCAGCUCUUGCAGCAGAAUGCAACACAAGAAGAGCUGCAGCAGCAGGCAACACGACAAAUGGAGCUGCUGCAGCAAGGGAAAGCACUGGUCAACAUGUACGCAGCAGAGCAGCGGCAGCAGCAGCAACUUUUGAAUCACUGGAAGUCUGUCUUUAACGUUCUCGUGCAUCUUCCCCCAGGAACGCCCCCCAAUCCCCACAUCCGCAAUGGCAGGAGGCUGCAGCGACUCUUCUAG